AUGUCAUCAUGUGUCUCUAGCCAGCCCAGCUGUGAGCGGGCCGCCCCCCAUGAUGAACUGGGAGGUGGGGGUGGCAGCCACGACAGCCAAAGGCCGUGUGAGGCCCUCCGGGGCCUCUCAUCCCUGAGCAUCCACCUGGGCAUGGAGUCCUUCAUCGUGGUCACCGAGUGUGAGCCUACCCGCACGGGGGACCUCAGCCUGGCCCCCGACCAGCCCCUGGAGGCUGAAUGCUCUGAGGUCUCUCUGGAGGAUCACACCUUUGCAGCCUCUCUUCCUGGGCCAGGACCCCGCUCCCUCCUCACUGGCCGCCAGCUCUCUCUGCAGGAGCCGUCCCAAUUGCACACCAAUGGCCGUGGGCUGCCGGUGCUGUCCUCACCUGUGGGGUCCCCACAGUCAUCCCCUCGGCUGCCUCGGAGGCCCACAGUAGAGUCUCACCACGUCUCCAUCACUGGCCUGCAGGACUGUGUCCAGCUGAACCAGUACACACUGAAGGAUGAAAUUGGAAAGGGCUCCUAUGGUGUGGUCAAGUUGGCCUAUAAUGAGAAUGACAAUACCUACUACGCGAUGAAGGUGCUAUCCAAAAAGAAGCUGAUCCGCCAGGCGGGUUUUCCACGUCGUCCCCCACCCCGAGGCACUCGGCCGGCUCCUGGUGGCUGCAUCCUGCCGCGGGGGCCCAUGGAGCAGGUGUAUCAGGAAAUCGCCAUUCUCAAGAAGCUGGACCACCCCAAUGUGGUGAAGCUGGUGGAGGUGCUGGAUGACCCCAAUGAGGACCAUCUGUACAUGGUGUUCGAGUUGGUGAACCAAGGGCCUGUGAUGGAAGUGCCCACUGUCAAACCACUUUCGGAAGACCAGGCUCGGUUCUACUUCCAGGAUCUGAUCAAAGGCAUUGAGUACUUACACUACCAGAAGAUCAUCCAUCGGGACAUCAAACCUUCCAACCUGCUGGUGGGAGAAGAUGGACACAUUAAGAUUGCAGACUUCGGUGUGAGCAAUGAGUUCAAGGGCAGUGACGCACUCCUGUCCAACACUGUGGGCACACCCGCCUUCAUGGCACCAGAGUCACUCUCCGAGACCCGGAAGAUCUUCUCUGGGAAGGCACUGGAUGUUUGGGCCAUGGGUGUGACGCUGUACUGUUUUGUGUUUGGCCAGUGCCCAUUCAUGGACGAGCGGAUCAUGUGUUUGCACAGUAAGAUCAAGAGUCAGGCCCUGGAAUUUCCAGACCAGCCUGACAUAGCUGAGGACUUGAAGGACCUGAUCACCCGCAUGUUGGAUAAGAACCCAGAGUCAAGGAUCGUGGUGCCAGAAAUCAAGCUGCACCCCUGGGUCACGAGGCACGGGGCCGAGCCAUUGCCGUCGGAGGAUGAGAACUGCACGCUGGUCGAAGUGACCGAAGAGGAAGUGGAGAAUUCAGUCAAACACAUUCCCAGCCUGGCGACCGUGAUUCUGGUGAAGACCAUGAUCCGCAAACGCUCCUUCGGGAACCCUUUUGAGGGCAGCCGGCGGGAAGAGCGUUCACUGUCAGCCCCUGGCAACCUGUUGGUCAAAAGGCCAACCAGGGAGUGUGCGCCCCUGUGUGAGCCCAAGGAAACACGGCAGCGAAGACAGCCUCCAAGGCCCCGACCCAGCCCCCAUGGGGGAGGAGGAAGUGCUCUUGUGAAAGACCAGUCCCCCCCAGAGAGUUGGGGGGCCGGGGGCCCAGGCUCCUCAGCAAGCACUCAUCUGUGGCAGCCUGAUGAAGCCAUGGAGUAGCGGCCCUGCCCGCCCUCGCCUGCACGUCUCAGUUGUGGGGCUGCGCCCUUCGUUUCCAUAGCAGCAUGUCCUACGGAAACCGAGCACGUGUGUAGAGCCUUGGCCGUCAUCUCUCAUUUAUUUGAAAUCUUUAUUCUUUGUUGUUUUAAAGAGGACAAGCAAAAAAAAAAAAAAAAAAAAAAAAACAUGACUUGACUCCGUGCCAUCAACCUUGGCUGCUGGCUGGCUGAAUGGAUGGAUGUGAGGAGUUGUAGACCCAAACCCACAUUGCAUUUUGAGACAGUUGCUUUUUCAAUAUUUUUUAUGCCAAAAAAAUCCUUGCUGGUGGACUCAGAACCAUGUCAAAUAUAUUUAGUGAAUGUGUGUCAUGAUUAACAAACCAAGACCAUGGAAUUGGCUGUUGCAUUUGAAAGGAGGUAAAGAGCAGGUUGACUGGGGUUGGGGGAUAGUUAUCUGCCAAUCCCCAGCCUGGCACCUCCUGGAGUCUCCCACACCAGGCAUCAGGGCAGGGCUAGUUCUGGGAGCUGCAGGAAGCCUCCAGGCUGCUCAUUUGAACUUGACCAUUUUUUUUUAAGUGGAUAGAAUAUUAGUCAGGAAAAAGGAAAGGGCUUCACACUUAAUUGCUUCACAAAAGGGAUUUUUUCCCCCAACCUUGGAGGGGCAUUUGGUGGUUGUGGUGGGAAAGUAGCCACUCCAUCCACAGAGACAAAAUGUCUCUAGCACAGCGGUUCUAGAUAGGUCUGUGAAGCAGUCGAGUGAACUCUAGUAAAAUGUCUUAUGAAAUGGUAGCAACUUCAGGUUAAAAUCCUACACUUCCAGUAUAUGACAGGGCUUCCGAGCAAAUGGAA